AUGAAGAGGAGCCUCUGGGUGAUGCAGGUCCUCCACUGGGCGGUGAUGCUGGCUUUGGUUCAGUGCGGCGCGCUUGGUGCGCGGAGGUUCCGCGGAGGUCGAAACCCGCAGCCGCGGCGAGCGCUGCCCUCCGCUCAUUACCGGGACCGCGGAGAGACCACCGAGAGCUUCUCACUGGAUUUCACAGCCGUGGAGGAAAACAUGGACAACUUCAUGACUCAGGUGAAGAACCUGGCGCAGUCCCUCUACCCCUGCUCGGCCCAGAAGCUCGACUACGACAUGAAGUUACACUUUCUGGAGAAUACAUCGGUCACCUGUAACGACGGGACUCCUGCGGGGUACUACCUGAAGGAGUCAAAAGGAAGCAAAAGAUGGUUAAUAUUUCUUGAGGGCGGCUGGUACUGCUUCAACAAAGAGAACUGCGACAGCAGAUACGAGACUAUGAGGAGACUCAUGAGCUCCUCCAAAUGGCCACAAACCAAGACAGGCACAGGAAUGCUGUCUUCACUCCCAGAGGAAAACCCACACUGGUGGAACGCCAACAUGGUCUUCAUCCCAUAUUGUUCAAGCGACGUGUGGAGUGGAGCCUCACCAAAAACAGAUCAAAAUGACUACGCUUUCAUGGGUUCACUGAUCAUAAAGGAGGUCGUGAAGGAUCUGCUCUCCAAAGGUCUGGAUAAUGCCAAGAUCCUGCUGUUAGCUGGAAGCAGUGCGGGCGGCACCGGGGUCUUGCUGAAUGUGGACUCGGUGUCAGAGCUUUUGGAAGAACUGGGCCACACCAACAUCCAGGUCAGGGGUCUGUCCGACUCAGGCUGGUUUCUGGACAACAAGCAGUACAGAUGCACUGACUGUGUGGACACCAUCAACUGCGCCCCUACUGAGGUCAUCAAGAGAGGAAUCAAAUAUUGGGGUGGUGUGGUUCCUGAGCGAUGCAGGCAGGCUUAUGAAGGAAAAGAGUGGAACUGCUUCUUUGGAUAUAAAGUUUAUCCUACCAUCAAGCGGCCUGUGUUUAUCGUGCAGUGGCUGUUCGAUGAGGCUCAGCUCACGGUGGACAACAUCCAUCUGACGGGACAGCCUGUGCAGGAGGGACAGUGGCGCUACAUUCAGAAUUUGGGGACUGAGCUGAGGAACACUCUGAAGGACGUCCCUGCAAUGUUUGCUCCAGCUUGUCUCUCACACGAAUUCAUCACAAGAAACUACUGGACCGAUGUUCAAGUCAAAGGCACAUCUCUACCGCGAGCGCUGCACUGCUGGGACCGCAGUCUACAAGACACCAGCAGAAAUAACAAAUCGCCCCCCAAAGGCUGUCCCGUGCACUUGAUCGACAGCUGCCCGUGGCCUCACUGCAACCCCACAUGCCCAACCAUCCGGGAUCAGUCUACAGGGCAGGAGAUGAACGUCAUCCAGUUCCUCAUGCACAUGGGCUUCGAUGUCCAGAAGAUGGCCCACCAGCAGGGAAUGGACCCGAGUAAACUCCUGGGCAUGCUCAGCAGUGGCAGCUAA